UCCGUGUGAGUUUCUUCUGGGAGUAUCGUAUCGAUGGCGACUCGGCUAAAGGAGAUCGUGAAGAAGUACGGGAAAGUAGCGCUGGGGGUCCAUUUCUCCGUCUCCGGCGUCUCAAUCAGUGGAUUCUACAUAGCCAUCAAGAACAACGUCGAUGUCGAGUCGGUCCUGGACAAGUACCAAAUCCCUUGGUUCUCCACCAAGGAUCGCCUCGAGCAAGAUUUGGCUACGAGCGAGAGCGAUAACAAGACCAAACAGCUCGCCAAAUCGGCCGGCGGAGCCUUAGCGCUGGCGGUUCUGUGCAAUAAAGCCCUCUUUCCGAUUAGAGUGCCCAUCACGAUGGCUCUCACUCCCCCAAUCGCCAGAUUCCUCAGGCACAGAAAUAUCCUCAAGACCGGCGGCGGAUGACUCUCUCUCUUCCUUUCAUUAUCUGUCUAUGUUUUUUAUGUGCGUGUUUGUUCGAAAUCAUGUGGAAAGAUGUCGUGUUAGAGAAAUUUGAGAUAUAUUGUUGACUGAUGCUUACAAUAAGGAAUCCCAGAUUUACCAAUAUUGAAAUGGACUUUCACACCA